AAUUUGGGGAAAUGUGCGAGGAAGUAGAUGUGGGGGUUUUUGGUUAUAAAUAUUGAUUAUUCCCCCCUUUUGUAAUGACAGGCUAGUUACUUAAAGCAAUAGUUAAGAGCAAGUGAUACCAUCCUGUAAGAGUGUACAGUUUAUACUACAUAAAACAUCAUGGCAACACGUAUUGAUCUUGAUGAUCUAGUAGAGGAUGCCAUCCCAGAAGAAGGAAACAAACUUGUUAUCAACUAUGGUCAAUCUGGUAAGCCUACGGGAAGCCAGGUCAGUCUACCAACUGUUAAUAUCAAUAGCAGAAGUACUCCUAACAUUCAGAUUGGAAAAAGAAACCACAUGCAAAUAAGCAUUGUUCAUCCGUCAACUAAAACCAAACCAAAUAUCAAGUGCAAGAUACCUUUAACAACGUCAACAGCUGAACCAACAAAAAAUCAUUUUGAUGCUCUUGCAUGUCACAUUGGCGCUGACUGGAGAAAGCUGGGCCGCACACUAAAGCUAUCCAAAGGCGAACUGGAAACUCUCAAGAUAGAUUAUGAAAAAGAGGGACAGUACGAAGUUGUAUAUCACAUGUUACUUAAAUGGAUGUCUACAUUCUGUCCGGUGACCGUACAGCAACUUGCUCAAGCUUGCGUUUCUAUUGGCCGAGGUGACUUGGCCGAUUCUCUGCGUUAGUUUUAAUUAUUGGUAAACCAGUUAAAGACAAGGUCUAGGUCUAGCUCUGCUACUUGCCAAAUUCACUAGAGUUGUGAAAUUUAAGAACAAAAUUGGUUAAUUUGAGUUUUAUUUGAAGAAAACAAAUUUGUGUAAUAAUUGAUAUUUGGCUGAAAAAUGGCUGUAGAUUUUUUCAUUUUUUUAGCUAAUUUGGCAAAAGUUUCUGAUCACCCAGACCUAUAGUCCAAAGGUUACACAGCAGUUGAUGUACUAAAGGCAGAGGAAUACGGAUUACAUAAACUUGAAAUAUACAUUGCAGAGCUCUCAAGUUGGACCUUUUGCAAGGAGUGAUAUUUUGUCUGGUCGGAGUCCGACAUCGUGAAUCCAAAUAAACCGGCACAGGAAAUAAGCGUGCUGACAAUUGGUCAAGGUUCAAUAUUCUGACCAAUAAACAACAUGGACACCUAAUAUAUGAUUUUAAUGCCUUACGAUGCUUAACCGGGCCGGCUAGCAGUCGCAGGCUUGUUUGUCGGUCGUCGAGAUGAAUGAACAACAAAACAUAUAUGUAUAUUUUUAUUUUUUUGCUAUAAUGUUUAAAAUGCAUGAGAAAAUCAUGUACCGGCAUGAGAGCGUGACACAGCGUUCAAAUGCGUGAGUCUCACACCCAAUGCGUGAAACUUGACAUCACUGACAUUGUGUGUACAUUCCUUUUCAGAUAACACAAACUGUCAUUACCGUAGUUGUUCUGCAAACAUCUUAAACUGCUGGCAUUACCUAAAAGUGAACGAAGUUAUUAUUUUUAUUUAUGACUACAAAGUCAAAAUUCAAUUUUAUAUAAUAAUUAUAUAUAAUAUAAUUAUAUCCCAAAAAUAAUUAAUAAUAGGGGAUAAGACAGCUAUAUGUUGUUGGCUAAACAAAGUACUUGUUGGGACAAAUCUAUUGUGUAUAUAUUGAUAUUUAUUUCAAGGAAAUAUCUUGUUGGGUCAUUAGUAAAUCAACUGCCAUGCUAUCCUGCCUUUGACUGCUUAAUGACACCCGAGAAUAUUGUUUAAACAAGGGACAUGACGUAGUCUAGUGGUAAGGUGCACACCUGAUGCGCAGUCAGUCUAGGAUCAA